AGAGUUUGUUUAUAACGGAGUACACACGUGUUUCCGACAUUCAUUUAAACAAGAUCAAGUUGAAUAUGCUAUCGAGACAUUCUUAAGGAACGAACUUGUGUUUAUAAUGGAGUGUGUUGUAUGUGGUGGAACACAAUUUACGAAAGAAUCUGGAUUUUAUUUUUGUAACGAGUGCCAAACACAAAGUCAAGAAAUUAAGGAACAUGCUUUUCAAGAAGAGGAUGCACGUAUAAAUGUGAAAACCACAAGAAAAGUUAAAUCAGAAACUAGUAAGGAUGAGGAAACCAAAAAUGUAACAAGUUGGGAGUGUUACAAUGUUAUCAUGUUGAUGGUAACAGAAGAAUUGGUUAAUUUGGGUGUCGAUAGAUCUAUUAAAAACGUUGUAAAAUGUUUAUGGAUGCGUUAUUUACAGAAAUUGGAAGUAUUGAAUUUAGAAGUAGAUGAAAAACCAAAAUUUCCUUUGGUUCGUAUGAAAAAGGAUCUUCAUAUAGUAUAUGGAAUAAAGAAAAAAAGAAGAAGAAGAAGUUCUUCCUCAUCCCAACAAACUGGUUUAACAGAGUCAACAACCAGAAGAGAAAGAACUAGGAAAAAGAAAGCUUUAGCUGAAGCAGAAUACAGAGAACAUACAAUAAAAUCAAAAACAGAUGGUAGUUCUUUACAAAAUGAAACUUUAACUAGUCUCAAAGAUAAUUCUGAAAAGUCUUCAGAAUGUGAGGAAAUUGUUUUUAACAAAUAUGUAGUAAAAGAACUGAGAAAAUCAUUAUCGGAAGAUCAUUUAGAGGUUCACCAGAAAGAUUUGGAUAUGAAUCUCAAAUGCCAUCGUAUAAAUAAAUUACUCUCCUAUGCGCAUAGAAGUAGCGUCCAUAAUUUAUCUCCAAAGAAGAUAUAUGGUAUUCUAUACCUCGCUCUACUUAUCAACAAGGACCCCAUGCAAUUGGGCGAUUUGUUGAGAUAUUUGAGAGAAGGUCAUUUGAGCUUGAAUAGUUACGCUUCUCUCUUUCCUGAGGAUUAUUCUAAUAAAAAUUUAAACAUAAAAGACAAUCCUGUAACUCAUUUAUAUAAUAGCGAAAUAUUCAGGCAAACUGCCGGAAGGUUAGCGAAAUUUUUAAAUGUUCAGAAAUAUAUAUGUGUCCCUGAUUUGGUUGCUUUGAGUCGAAGAUAUUGUCAAGAAAUGAAUCUACCAGUUGAAAUAUCAGUGGCAGUAGAAAAUAUAAUAGCUGAAAAUCCACCAAAAUUCAAACCGCAUAAAAAUAUCAUUCCGAAUUACGAAGGAAGAGUCAUGUCUAUUAUAAUAUUCGUUUUAAAACUUCUGUAUGGAUUGGAUGGAAUUUCAGAAAUAAGUUUAUCAAAUUACGCAAAAGCUGCCAACAGAAAAUGGAAACAUUUGAAAAUGUUUGAUAUAAUGGAAUGGUUGGAAUUCAUAAAUUACAGAAAAUUGAUUUUAGCCGAGAGACAUUUCCCUUCGUUUAUAAAAGAAAACGAAGGGGGAAUGGAUAGUGAUUUAUACGUGCAGUACAGGAAAAGUCACAAUAUAAAUAUAGCAGAAAAUAGGAAGUUAGUUGUAGAUAUGAAGGGAUACAAAGAUUUAUUAACUACUAUAGAAAGAUUAGAUUAUAAUUCCAUCCCUCACAUACACUUUCCAUCUAGUUUGUAUCCUUUAACAACACACACUGAAGUUAUUCUUAGGUUAUUAAGAGGAACAGAAGAUGGUGAAAUUGAUAAUUGUAUUUUAGAGAAGAAUUUUCAAGACUGUAGUCUUGAUUUCUUGCUAAGACCGCUACCUUACUUAGAAAAAUUAAAUAAAGAUAUACAAUAUAAAAAUGGUGGUAUGAAUGAUAAAUGGGUAUUAAAAAAGUUUGAAACUAGGCACAUAGCUAUAAAAUCAUUCAUAGGCACUCCUGUAGAACUUGUUCUUACAGAAAUCGUUCCGAAACUAACCAAGAAGAAAAAUGAAAUCGCGGAAGAUACUCCAGAUGAUGUAAUUGCAGAAAUUGCACAAGAAGAAUAUAAUAACUAUAACUAUUAUAAAUUCCAAAAAAAUUUUCUUCGGUUGAAGGAACUCAACGUGGAAGAAAUUUUGAAUUUGGAGACAGAAAGUGAUGAUAUAAAAUCUGAUUAUAAAGUGCAUUGUUUCCCGUAUGAAAGGUAUUGGUUGAAUAUCAAUAUAGCAGUUGAAUUUUUGAAUAACAACGAUUUUGAUGCUCAUUUCAAUAAUUAUAAUUCAAAUUUUAAACUUAUUUUUCAACAAUGUGCCAAAUUAAUAGAUCAAGCAAUCAGAGUUUUAUAUCUCGAAUACCAAACUACAGAGUUGUAUUUAGUUUAUAAUGGAAAAAAUUAUAAGGAUUUUAAAAGAAGGAAAAAGUCGAAUAAUUUGAGAAUACCUAGAAAUCAGUACUUCAAUUAUUGGUAGUUGAAAUAAAAAAUUAUCAUUA